GAUUAGUCUAACCCUAACCCUAAUAUACUUUAUCAGUGCACUUAUUAUUUCAACCAAAACAGCUGGACGUAGUACCUAAACACUUCUAGGAAAAUAAUAAUUUGUUUUGUAAUUAAUAUCCAAUAAUGUCAAGAAGGUAUUUAAAAAAAAUUAGCGACAGUACUAAAAUUACUGCUGAUGAAAAUGAUGAGAAACAUACUAAUGUUCAAGUUGUACCAUCAACUUUAAGAAAUAAUUCAAAAGCUUUUAAUAUAUUUAAUUUAUUGGAAGAAAACGCAGCCAAUGAUGAAGAGAUUGAUAAUAAUGAAGAUGAUGAAACCGAUCUUAAAGACAACGAUGAUUUGAUUGAUGACAAUAGUAAUAUUAAGUUGAAAAAAAGGCGCAAAAAAAAGAAAAAUAAGGACAGCACCAAAUUAUUAGUUAAAAACAAUUAUUCAAGUGGUAAAACAGUUGAUUGCAUUGAAGAUGAAUCGACUGAAAUAGAUGAAAUUGAUAAAACUGUACGAGAAAUAAAUAAUCUUCUUGGUAAGCUAGAUGAACCUUGUUGCAGUAAUUCAAAUAAAGACCCUGAUACUAUUCAAGAAAUCAAGAAAACAAAGAAAAGUGUCCUACAAACUGAUUACAAGUUUCUAAAUGCAGAAAAUGAGCUCAAAAGAAAGUGCGGUGGUGGAAAUAGAAAUUUCCUUGAAGCAGGUGGUGAAAAAAAUAAAAGAAAAAACAGACAUUUAAGCAAAACAUGGUCAACUUUGACUGGUCGUUUUCCUACGAAGCAAUUUUUUGGAAUAUCUAUGAUCAUUGAUCAGACAAUUAAAUCAGAUGAUGACUCUCAGUAUUUUGUAUUUGUUCAUAGUUCUAGUUACAGGCAAAUUCAAAUGAAGUUCUUUACUGCUGUUGAAAGUCAAAAUCCUGAAAAUAUUGUCAGCAUUUUAAAUGCACAUCCUUAUCAUAUAGAUACUCUUUUGCAAUUUGCCGAACUUUGUAAGCUAAAUGAAGACUUACAAAUGUCAGCAGAAUUUGUAGAACGUGCAGUUCAUUAUUUUGAAUGUGCAUUCCAUACACACUUUUAUUUUAUUGGUGGUAACAGUAGAUUGUCAUACAAAAAUCAAACAAAUAGACCUUUCUUUAUUGCACUUUUUAAACACCUGAUGUUUGUUGGAGGUCGCGGUUGCUACAGAACAAGUUUAGAGCUAUGCAAAGUGUUACUGUCUCUUAAUCCAGAAGGUGAUCCUUUGGCAAUCGUUUUGGCGAUUGAUUUCUUUGCAUUGCGUGCAAAAGAAUAUGAAUGGCUUAUUGACUUUUGUAAAGUUUGGGACGUAUCUAGAAAUUUAACACAAUUACCAAACAUUGCAUACAGUCUCGCGUUAGCUCAUUUUCAUUUAGGACAUGAGGAAACAGCCAAUGAAUUACUUGAGCAUGCUCUUUUCAUGUUUCCUGGUGUUUUAACAGAUCUACUUGAUAAAUGUAAUGUUCAAACUGACACCAGACUCUUAGGACACGAUCAUUUCAAUAGUGUAGCUAAAGCAACUACAAGUGUUGCUUUGGAAAAACUUCAAACUUUAUAUGUAAUUCGUACUUGGCUUCUUUGGAAAGAUGCAAACAUAAUUAGUUGGCUUGAAACUGCUGCUAAUACUGUUAUGGACAAAAUUGAUUCUGGUGAUGAGUAUGGUACUUUUUGUAAAGCCAAAAGAACUCAAAGAUAUCAAGGACAACUUCCUAAAAAUAUUCGACGUCAUAUUAUUCUAUCUGAUAUUAAACAAGUUACAAUUACACAUCCUGGGAUACAUAAUGAUGAGCCUAUAUUUUCUUAUGAUCCAUUACCUCCAGCAGAUUCUAUUAAUAUUUAUGUUAGACAAGAGACAAAUCAAAGACCGUCUAAUACGUCGUCUUCAAACAUUAUAUCACUUUUUCUCUCUUCACUUUUUACUAAUGGUGAUGAAAAUUUACGUGCUCAACUUAAUCAACUUAACAUACCAAAUGAAGAAAGAGAAGCUCCAGAUGAAUUUGAUUAAAUUCCAUACACCUUGUCUAUUUUCAUCUAAUAAUAAUUAUGAAAAAGCAUUGAAAUAUAAUUUAAAUAAUACUUUCAACCUGAAAAAAUAAUUAACUUAUAAAAAAAACAAAAUAUGAUAUAAACGUUUAUAACUUUAUUUUUGUAGAGUUCAAUAUUGAGUUUAGUAAUUUAUAUUAUUAAGUUUAGUAAUGUAUAUUAUUGAGUUUAGUAAUGUAUAUUAUUACGUUGUAAUGUUUUUGUUCU